GUUCGCCUCGUGGCUACUGCUGUCGGGCCUCAAGUUUAUUAUGAAGACCUCUCCGGUCACAGCCAUUGCUCUCACAAUUCCCGGCCCUAAAGAUCACGCGACCAAAAAACAAGGAUAUAACACACUUUGCAUAUCAUUGGCCGCUCACGCCAUUCAACUCCUGAGUUCGCUGUUCGAUGACCUGAAGUCUGAGAUAAGUUUGGGCUCUUAUAACAGGCUCUCGAACGCCGAAAAGCUGACGAGUCAUCACUCGUCGAGUUCUUUCAAAUACAACAAAUUUGGUUACUAUAGCGCGUGGCAGAGGAUCGAAAUGCUGAUGUCCAACAUCAACAUCACUAACCUCUUGUUCACACUGUCGUCGGCCAGCUAUCGAAAGGCCGGUCUCUUGAAAACAGUGUCCCGAACGGCGAGUCUCGAGCAGAACGACAAGACUAACAGCCCUUCGGUCUCCAAUUCGCACGAUUUGGACGACGAGUCGUGCUUUAGUUCAGACGACUCGAGUCGCGACGAGGACUCCGAACCCAUAUUAGGCCAUCUGUUUAGAGAGCACGACGAGAGUCAAGCCUCUGAUAAGUCGAUGAAAAGCCGACAAACUCUUGAUAUGAAUUACUGUAACGAUAAGCGCGAACCGCACCGACAUCUGACACUCUCGACAUCGAUAUUUGAAUUGCUGAACACAUACUUUGUCUGCUCGGAGAUUGAGUCUCUGCGGCAUUAUUUCAAGCAAACGAUCAAUGAUUCCCAGAUCUGUAUUUUGGCGCAUAUUAUCAAAGACUUGGACCGCGAAUGUGUCCACAAUUAUAACUUCUAUUCGGACUUUUCGCCCGCUUUGACUUCAUUUAUGCAUAAUUUGAUCGCCACUGAAGUGCUGAGCGAUGCGCUCCAGAACUCGUUGCUGUCAUCGUUGGGCGUGAAUCCGGAUCCGGCGCCCGAAGGCGUUUGGCCACUAUAUGUCGCGCCCAAAACU